CAACCACGCACAUUUUCCGCAGCAGACUUGAAUUCGAACAAAACACUGCGCCCCUUUUUCUCCAAGUGCGAACUACCUAUGGCAUGAGUGUGAGUCAGAUAUAGGCCUACUGCACAUUGGAAGACAAAGGCAGUGAGCAGAGUUACGUAACGCAGCCUCUAGUACGAAAGUUUUGUUGUUUUCAACGCGAGGUCAAGGCUAAAAAAAAAAAACCCAGCAGAAACCAGUUCGUAACGAUAAAAAAAAAAAAAGAAGUCAACGAACCAAAAACACAAUGCCGAUAGAGUUACGUAACGCAGCCUCUAGUACGAAAGUUUUGUUGUUUUCAACGCGAGGUCAAGGCUAAAAAAAAAAACCCAGCAGAAACCAGUUCGUAACGAUAAAAAAAAAAAAGAAGUCCACGAUCCUAAAACACAAUGCCGAUAGAGGAACAACAAUGAAAUACCAGGUAUGCCAGAUAACAGAAAGAUGAGGCCAUCAAGUGGAGCUAGAGCUUAUAUAAAUCUUAAUGUGUCUUUUGUCUUUUCAUCAAAAAUAUAUACGCCUACAAUAAACAAUAUUGUUAGUGGGAAUUUUCAAAAUUUAUUAUUAAAUUUGUUAAAAAAUUUUUAAAGAAUGAUUUUACCUUUAGUGAGAUGUUCACGUGAUGAGGUUUGACGAAUUUCCUUAAAAUUUAAUUAAAGUGUGCUGUAUUUAUUACCAAAAAAAAAAAAAAAAAGAAAGGGUACAAACUAAGCUUCAUUGCGGGAAAGGCUAUUUUGCGCGCUUCUAGUAAGUGGAAACAAGGGCAAUAACCUAAGGUUGUCCCUCCAGCAGACGCCCCGCAGUGAGAAUGCAAAAGAAUCUUGUCAAGUUAAUAAACUAGCCGUUCUUUAUUCUUCCAUACUGUACGUCUUUGAGCAGGGCUGGAAAGAAACAGUGGAAUUUCAAUUAGUCUACAUGUUAUUACUAUUUGAGAGUAAGGUGGGGGGGGGGGACAUGUUGUUUCCCUUACAUGAGCUAUGCACUUUGUAGAUGAUCGAGUCAGUCUACCCAUCUUCGGAUUCACCUUCGAUCGUUCAAACACAUUGCAAAGAAAUGAAAGCUUAAUUUAUAUUGUACUUGAAUUAUGUUUACUUCCUAAUUCACGCUGUCUUUUUAUUUUCCUCCUCAGAAAUAAUUUUGCGGUUAUCGGCAAAAUGCAAAAUAGGUAAAACUUUACAAUAACAUAUUUCUCGAAUAAGAAACAAGUUCACAUUGACCUUAGAAUAUUAAAAAAGAUGUCAAAGAUGUCGAGUUACAUGAGUUCCAGGCGGCGAUUCUCGGAACCUGAAAAACCUCAGCCUCGUUUUGAAUGGCGCCUGCGUGUGCACAGUCUAAUGAUGGACGACAGUGAAAAGGAAAACUGUGACGCAGAAAGGAGAGUUGACGGAAAGGACCGCAGCCGUGCCGCACACGAUGCAUCCGCAGCUCACGUCGAACACUUCAGGAGCCACCGUUCCGGAGUCGAUCCACCGGAAUCGCACAGAGAGCGCCGUGAGCGGUACUCACGGACAAAAUCUGAAGGUCAUCUUCAGCUACGGUUACGCCUAUCCAAAUAUUCAGACUACUCCAGAAGCCAGGAAGAGGAAGCACCUAUGGUUGAGGCGUAUCAUGACGUCACGCGUUCUGAAACCAAAGAGGCGCCUGGCGUUGCGCAAGAAAACAUCAUACCUGAUAAUGGACAUGACAACGGCGCCAAAGGGGGGUGCGACCCACCACAGUCAAAAGAUCAGCAUGCGUAUUCUAAGUAUGCGCAAAGUUGUUACGAGGGCGCGAUUCCGAAACGGCGUUCAAGCACAGCUGAGUCCGCUCCGGACGAACUGGUUGGUUAUUAUGAGGAGGAACAAGGUCAAGGUCAAAAAUUAUUUAGAGAACAUAAUGUUAAUGGCUUUAAUGUUGAACGUUCCAACUACAGACCAGUCGAGACGCAAAACACACCAACCGAUACUAACGCGACCAUACAGAACGAACUGUGCGGGCCGGAAAUUAGCGACCGGACACUCCCCGCUGAUGAUGAGUGCAGAGAACGGUCCGAGUCGGUUUCUGAUAACUCAGGUUUAGAAGACGGAGCCAGUGGCGUUAGCGAGCCAUCCGGCGAAGACAAAGGCGAAAUCGAAGACAUCGAGACAAUCAUUGAGCGGCUCAUAGCCGAGGAAGAAGCGAUGGCGGAUGGCCAACCGGCCAGUCUCGAGCUGGUCAAAGUCUCUCUAAAGCAUCUGAGUGACGGUGACGUGUCCGAGCUGCGGAGACAAGUGGACGAGCUGCGGGAAAAGGUGGACGACUGCAACAAGGAAGCCGAGUACGGGAUCUCGCGAGACAGCAAGAGGUCCUCGUCUCUUCCCUCGCAAGAUCGCAAUGACUUCUCACUCGUCAGGACCGUAGUGCCGUACUCAUCGUCGUGUCCGUUCACAAAGGACGCCGAGAGGGACGUCAAGGAUGAGGACGACGAAAAAGAGGAGGGAGAGUUAGACUCCUGGGCGUACCUACCGGUUAUUCUGAUUGAAGAUAUCUUCACGCUUCUUACGCCAAAGGAGCGCCACCAGGCAUCCCAGGUGUGCCGGCAGUGGUACGACCUGUUCUACUCACCUCGUGUGUGGGAGACUUUUAUACUGCUGGAGAGAACUUUGACGAAGAAGCGAUUUAACCUGUACAAGGGAUAUCAGCGGGAGCUUUGCCCGGGGAAAACACAGGUAAAAAUGAAGCCUUAGCAUCGACACACACACAUGGGUAGAAAUUAGGCCUUAGCUUCGACACACAAACACAUGUAAAAAUAUUGGCCUUAGCAUCGACAUUUAAAAACAGGUAAAAAUGAGACCUUAGCAUCAACACACAAACACGUGUAGAAAUUAGGACUUAGCAUAAACACUUAAACACAGGUAAAAGUUAGGAAUUGACAUCAACACUCAAAUACAGGUAAAAUUUAGUCCUUAACAAUACUCAAACACAGGUGAAAAAUGAGGCUUGAGCAUCAACACUCAAACACAUGUAGAAAUUAGGUCUUUGCAUCAACACUCAACACAGAUAAAAAAAAUUAAGCCUUGGAAUCAACACACAAAUACAGGUACAAAUGAGGCCUUAGCAACAACUCACAUGAGCAUUUUAAAAAAUAGGCCUUAGCGUCAGUACUUAAACACAGUUUAAAAAAAUUAGGUAUCGACAUCAACUACAAAAAAAGCAAAAUUAAGCGUAAACACACGCUGACCGUGAGAUAAAAGUGCACCUUGCCAACACAAAAAACAAUACGAAGUUAAACGCAUUACGUCUAUCCAUGGUUAAGUAAAGUUGGGUGCACGCGUACAAACUGUGCUUGAGAUUAUCGUUUUAAUUCAAAAUAGAUGUAUUCAAAUGCUCUCUCACAUAGAUACAAAUUAAAAAAAACUUAAUUUGCCGAUAACGAGACAAAGCAAAUGUUAACAUAUCAGCUGCGCAGAUGAAGGAGAACUUGACUUAAGCUUGUCUACAGAUGUUUCUGCAGAUAAAAAUACUAAGCUAUUUUUAAGUUAGGGCGAGUAUUGACAUGUAUCAAUUUAACACAAAAAAUCGUCCUUCUGUAAUUUUUACCAAUAAAUAAGUUAAUGUAUUCAAUUUUUUUUUUAAAGACAUGACUUUAUAUAUAAAAUUGUGUCAAAAUGGAUGAGGCUAAAAGUGUGUAACUCAUAUUUAUUUAAAACUGAAAAUACAUUAACAUGUAAAAUAAAUCUUGUACCUUGUUCAUCCACAGUUAUGCUUCCGGAGAGUAGGUUCCUUUUUUAAGCGAAUUGUUGUUACACCCAUAACGGACUACUUCAACCUGUACGAGUUCCUGCGUAUUCUUGCAGCAUUCCUCCAGUUCCAGGAAGACCACGGCCAGAUAGCCAUGCCGCUUCUGCACACAUUUGAUUUUACCUUUGCCUGCGCCAGUCGCAGCGAGGGCGUGGAGAUGGUGCACGGCACGGGCGGCCAGAUCCUAGAGAUGAUCAAACAGCUCCUGGUGCGCAUGAGCAACCUCAAACACCUCAAGCUCAACCAGCUUCUUAUCGACGUCAUGGAUGUCCCGUCCUUGUUCGACGCCAUCACCAACUGCUUCGGCGAAAGCUUGAGCUCCCUCGAGAUGUUGAACGUCUCCAAGGUGCCGCUGGCCCUCCCAGAGCUGGCCAGGUUCAGGAACCUGAUCAAGCUGUCAAUCAGCCCCCAGCAUCUCAGCGAGGAGGUUCUGCUCAUGUUGGCCGGCCUGAAUAUCAUGCAGCUUUUCCUCGUCCAGGACCCGUACACGUGCGAGUGCGAGCCGGUGUCCAGCGAGGCGUGGAAGCUUAUGCGUGAAAUGGCACCGUGGCUGCACGUCUAUUUGGAAGUUUCGGGAAGAGCGAAGUCGAAGGUGUUGAUUCAACCCCGAGCGCCCGUCCACGGUAUAUUCCUACGCACUCCUUACACGCGACUGACCAGCGAUCUUGUCAUGUCGUUGGUGGAGCACUACAGCAAAACGCUGCGUUAUUUCGUACAAGAACGUCUGCCUAGGGUUCACGGCCCGCGUGGUUUCAACUUCAGAUGUGAUUCGUCGCUUCUGUUUUUGGUUCGACGCUGCAGGUCCUUGCACACGUUAAUUAUCCGAGAGCGCAUCAGCACGGCGACCCUGAUUCUUGUCGCAAACGAAGGGAAGCGUCUCUCAACCCUGCUCGCCAGGAAAUACGGACUUAUAAAGCGUUGUGAUUGGCUGCGCUGUGGUGAAAUGUCCAAAGACUUCUACGCCCACCUGAAACGGGCUUCGCUUAAUUACGACGAGUGUACGGACGAGGUGUGUCGGCUCUUGCAGAGACGGUGGCGACCUCUAACGGACAGGCAAUUCAUGCGCUUGAAAAUAGUUCCAAGACUUCAAGUGUUUUGAUGCACAAAGCAAAAUCCUAUUGUAACAAGAGGUGUACCGAAGACAUAUGGUUCCCACGACAAGAACAAAAAUGUCACCCCCAUCCAGGAGUCAAUUCCCGCAAUAACUCAUGAGAACACCGUUCCUGGAUUUUGUUGUUUGUUGUUGCUGCUAAGUAAUAAGUACAGUUGAUUUCUUUACUUAAUCACAUUUAAUAGAACUCUUUCCUGCUUCAUAUAUGGGGUACGACCAUGGAGGAAAAAAUAUUUAUUUUCGGAUUUUAAAAAAUAGCACAUUGGAAUGGUUCAUAUCAUUUGCAGUCUUCGUGGUUUGACUAAGUAAACAUUGAUUGGAUGACGUCACCGUGAAUUGAAAGGAAAGAAAUUGUUAAGAUUAAAAUAAUACAUUUUAAAAGUCAAUAUUUAUUAUUGGGUCUGAUUUAAUUAGCCUAACUCUACUUACUGGAACAGAGUUUGGAAAAUACAAACACGAUUUUGGAACCAACCCAAAUUGAACAAAGUAGGUUGCGUCCAUGGGCAAGCUACUCUCUUCUACAAAAAACAAAUGUGGACAUAUCCCAUAGUGUGUUUUUUCUCUCUUUUUUUGAGGGAAAAAAAGGUUCCCCAACGAGGAUCUAGAGACUAUACUAAUCUGACUACUAAUGUAUUGAUCAUUGUUCUAACGGUGAAAGAUUUGGACUCCACGUGUCAAAAAUUUUGGGAAAAUGCCCAACAUGACUUUUCUGGCGAGACCUUAUCACCCCGAUCGUAGCCAAACGAAGUGAAUAAAUGACAGUGCUAAAAAAUGUAAACAUUAAACCUGCCAUUAUGCAAACAUUAUGGGGUUAACAUGACACGGCCACCGGUCGUAAGGUCAAAGGUCAGCCUACACGUUCUAAAAUAAAGUCACGCACCCAGUGGCGUAUCUAAGGGCUGCAAACGGGGUGACCGAUAUGGGGGGCACCUUUGGGGUUGUUUUUAUGUUUAAUGUAUAUAUUAAUUAUCUAUAUGCAUGUAUGUUAGUGUGCUAAAAAUGACAAACCCAAGAGUUCACCCAAGGCCACGUUUAACCAAGGCAAUCCAUUGCAUACACUCUAAAUUAUUAAACAAGUUAAAAUAUCUUGAAAAGUUGUAUUAUCUAAAUUUGUAUAUGUCAGAUAAGGUAUCUAGAAAUUAAGGAGUUAAAUACAUAUUUAACGAAAUUUAUAUUUUUGUAAUUUGACAUGCAAUUAAAAUUCCAAUUUGAAAAAAAAAUAUUCAAGUCUUAAUGAAAUAUAACAAGUGUGUUUAAAUAGUAUUUCUUUUU